AUUUUACAAUCAGAAUUUGAGUGUCCUCAUGUUAAGGUUUCGCGCUGUUGCGGCUUAAAGAUAACUUCCGAAGGCUAUGUGGUCACUUUGGCCAAAAAUAAUCACCAUGUGCUGGUACUUAACACGCUUUACGUUCACUGAUCGCAGAUCAAAACCACAACUAGCAGUUGUAUCAGCGGCAGCAGCAAUAACAACAACACUACUGGGGGUAACGUAAGCAAUUUUCCAAUGAAUGUAUCCAAUGGAAAUGGUAGUGGCGGUGGCGUUGGCGUUGGCAGCAGUGGCAGUGCCUAUGAAAGCGUUAACUGCGGCAUUAUCGCAGUCAACAAUGCCAUCAGCAGCAAUAGAUAUACAACGAAUAACAGCGGCAGCACAAGCAGCAGCAGUAGCAAUAAUAACAAUCACAAUGUCAAUAAUCUUCAUCCCCACACUUAUCAGCAACAGCAGCAAUAUAACCAUCCACCCCAACCACAUAAUCACCAUUAUCAUGCAACCCACCAUUAUCAGCAGCCUCAGCAACAACAACAGCAACAGCAACAGCAUAGUUUAAACAGCGCUAGUAUUAUGGGUAGUGCCAUACAUAGCAACAACAAUCAAAUGCAUACUAGCAGCAGCAGCAGCAGCAGCAGCGGCGGCGGUAGUGCGCUACAACGUUCAACGGAUAAUAAAUCUAGCCUCUGGUUGAUGAUGAAUGGUGUAGGUGCGACGGCUGCUGGGGUUGGAGUUGCUGCUGAUAGAGCCUUGCCACAGCCACCGCCCCACGGUCAACACUAAUGUGCGCUGCCAAGACAGUAAAGCGGAACGCAGAUUUGAUGGAUAGCAAGCGUGCUUUUAGCAGGUAAUUGCUUUAAAGCGGCCAAACCAUAAUACAAAUACAAUUUAUAUAUACGUAUAUGUACAUAUUUAUAUAUAAAUGAACCAGUGAAAGCGAAUUAUUCGAUUAUUAAGAAAUGCCUAUAAUACAUAAGUGGAGAUUUCGCCCCAUGCAAAAUACGAUUUUGUGAGUAAAUGUAAAUGAAAAAAUCUAUUUUUAGCAAUUAGAAAAAGAAACAAAUAAGUAUAUACAAACAUACACAAGCAAAAUACACGAUAACACCAAUACACAACACUGCGCGUAGACAAUUUGAAAUCUCAAACGAAGAAAACCAUUUUGAAAUUACGGUAGAUAUCACCAAAAAAAAA